CAGUCUGGCUUCAUCUCCUCCACCGGAAAUGUCGGGUUGGCGUAGAGCCAAACAGACGGCUGCGUCUUCGACGGUUUCUGCGUUGUCUGCUCCGACUGUUUUAGAGUCGCAAGCGCAUGCGCCGGAUAAAGAGUAUUUCAAAGAGCGUCAAAAAGCAGACAUUGGCGGGAAAUUAACGACAGCUGGAAUUGGUAGUGCUACUGGUACUGGAGCUGGCGCACCACCCUCUACUUCUUUUCAAUAUUCAUUAGACGAACAACGCGACUACCCCGCCAGUGCCAGUGCUCCUAGACUGCAACGUGCUUCACUACAACAAAGAUCACGACACGUUGAUCUGGAACUGGAUGCUGACAAAAAUAAAGAACCAAGGCCUGGGCAUGUUGCUAUAGACACAACAGGGACUAGAAGGGGCGAAGAUGAGAUUGAGGACACCGACGGCGUACAUGAACCUCUAGUUUGUCCUCCAGCGCCAACAUCAGCGUCGUUGCGAAAUAGGAACAAGAUGAUGCUAACAUUUGGAGCUGAAGUAGAUGAAGGGCCAAGCCGCGGUACAUCAUGUUGUAGCCUCGAUGCUCAUAUGCCUUCGCCCGAGGAGGCAGGGGAUGAAGAUCGUGAACAGCAAGAGAAGAGCGAUGAACACAACGAAGAACAUGACGAUUUUCAAAAGGCAAGUUGGCGUGCUGGAGACAGAGAUAUUAAACCUAAAGGAGUACAACUACAAGGCUGCGUUCCAGGAUCAUCUGGAGACGUGGAACCCGGGAUCCCGUCAGUACGCCCGUCUUCUAAGGUCCCUGCUAUGCCGCAGACAGGUCGCGAUGCAGGUCAAAAGAUGGCUUCUCAAACUGGAGAGAAGGAUCGUCAAGAAGGUCAGCAAGAUCAAGAAGACCUCCUUCUACCCGCGGACAGACCCCCACCUCUUCCUCCCAGAAAUCGAAAACCUUCCCUAUCUGAGCUCACCGCUGCUCUCGGCGCCACUGUCAGAGCGAUUCCACCCGCAUCUUCUAGGAAGAAGAAGACAACUAGACAACAUAGUGAAGAAGAACUGUCAAAGUGUGCUCUACCUCUAUGUUUUCCGAGACACGCCGCAGAGUACACGAACUUGGUCAAGCAGGUAUUGCCGAAGGGAAGGAGGAAAGGUUUUCUGAGGAAAGGCAAUGCAAAUCCAAAUGAUGAUCACACAAGAACAGGUACGCGUGAAGAUACAUUUAUUGGUGCAGGAGCUGGUCCAGGUACCAGUUCUAGCAGUGGCCAAGCGAUCGGAACAUCAGCACAUCAGGAUGUCAAUCG